AUAUAAAUUUACUUAAACAAUAUCUAAUCAUUUCCUCAAACUAACAGUAAAUAAUGUGAAGCAAAAGAUAAUCUAUUUAGCCAGCAAAAAGUCAAUUGUAACUAAUGCACUUUUAAUAUCUUAAGAGUGUACGUCUUAAAAUGUUGUAUUUGCUGUAAAAAAUAUACUGUCACAGGCAGUAAACAUAAAUUUAAUUAGAAACAUCCCUUAUUUUGCAAUUCAUUUAUUGGGGUAUAUGAAUGAGGAAUAACUGUUGGUAUGUAUGUGAAGGUUGAAAGGCUACAUCGAAUAAAAAAAAUAAUGUAGGCAUAUUUAUAUAUUCACAAGUACAAAGAAACUAAUAUAAUGAUUUUGUUCUUUGGGAGAAGUCACCAUUUAGGGGUGUGUCGCCUAAAAAGAAGUAAUGCUCGACGUGUUUAUAAUGGAAGGGUAUCAGUUAAGUUGGUAAACAAAACCUUUGUUAAAGAGUGAAAGAGUGUGUGCGAAGUAUAGAAAAUUAUUAAUUACCCCAGCCUAUUUCUAGGUUCGAUUUGACCAGUUGUUUUUCAAGAAUCAGCCAGAUUUUGUUGUGAUGGAGCUGCCAGACACGUGGGAAAACGCCAGACUUGCAAUCGAGGAGCUAUUCGCAGAUUAUGAAAGAGCAGAUGCUCAAGGGUGAGGAGAAUGAGAUUCGCAAGAAGAUAUUUGAAAAGGCCAAAGAUGGAUCGCUGAAAAUUACCAAUGGGGAAGCCAAAUCGACUCCCAAGAAACGAGGAAGGUGGGAUCAGACUGUAGAUGAGGUUGUAGUACCAACCAAGAAAAAAACGCUCAGUAUUUCUACCAGUAGCAACGCGGCGACUCCAGUUUGGGAAGGAGACAAAACGCCUGCAGAUAUCCGUUGGGAUGAAACUCCCGGUCACAAAGGCAGUGAAACUCCUGGAGCUACUCCUGGGCAAUCCACAAGAAUUUGGGAUGCCACACCCGGUGCUGCGACUCCUGGCCGUGAAACACCGGGUCACGGCGGAGACAAGAGCACGUCCAGAAGGAACCGUUGGGAUGAAACUCCGAAAACCGAACGCGAGACACCUGGACAUUCCAGUGGUUGGGCUGAGACACCCAGGACAGAUCGCACUGGGGCUGAUUUGAUUCAGGAGACACCUACACCUGGGGCUUCGAAACGUAGGUCUAGGUGGGAUGAGACCCCUUCUGCAACUCCGACACAAGCAAUGACGCCGGGCGCAAUGACUCCAUCAACACCGCAUGGGACUCCUGGACAUAUGACUCCAAUGUUGACUCCUGGAGGGUCCACGCCAGUUGGACCGAAGGCCAUGGCGAUUAGCACCCCAACACCAGGUCACUUGGCUUCAAUGACUCCCGAACAACUGCAAGCCUACAGAUGGGAACGAGAAAUAGAUGAACGUAACCGUCCCUACUCUGACGAGGAAUUGGAUGCCAUGUUCCCUCCAGGUUAUAAGGUCCUUCCACCCCCUGCUGGUUACAUUCCCAUCAGAACACCAGCAAGAAAACUGACAGCUACUCCAACACCUCUAGUCGGGGGUACCCCUCAAGGUUUCUUCAUUCAAACCGAAGAUAAAACCGCGAAAUAUCUGGAUAACCAGCCAAAGGGACAAAAUUUGCCGUUCAUGAAGCCUGAAGAUGCGCAGUACUUUGAUAAAUUAUUAGUUGAUGUGGAUGAAGAAGCUUUGAGCCCCGAAGAGCAAAAGGAACGUAAAAUUAUGAAGCUUUUGCUGAAAAUUAAGAAUGGAACUCCACCGAUGCGUAAAGCUGCUCUGAGACAGAUAACGGACAAAGCUAGAGAAUUCGGCGCUGGUCCGUUGUUCAACCAGAUACUCCCGCUGCUUAUGAGCCCCACUUUGGAGGAUCAAGAACGUCACUUGCUUGUCAAAGUCAUCGACAGGAUCUUGUACAAACUUGACGAUCUCGUCAGACCUUACGUCCACAAAAUUUUGGUCGUUAUUGAGCCGCUUCUCAUCGAUGAAGAUUACUAUGCUAGAGUGGAGGGUCGUGAGAUUAUCUCCAAUCUUGCUAAGGCUGCUGGUCUGGCCACUAUGAUCUCUACGAUGCGUCCCGAUAUCGACAACAUCGACGAGUACGUGAGGAACACCACGGCGAGGGCUUUUGCCGUGGUAGCAUCCGCCUUGGGCAUUCCCUCGCUAUUGCCGUUUUUGAAGGCUGUGUGUCGAUCGAAGAAGUCGUGGCAGGCCAGGCAUACUGGUAUCAAGAUCGUUCAGCAGAUCGCUAUCCUUAUGGGUUGCGCCAUUUUGCCGCACUUGAAAUCAUUGGUAGAGAUUAUCGAGCAUGGAUUGGUAGACGAACAGCAGAAAGUUAGGACGAUUACUGCUUUGGGUAUUGCGGCUUUAGCAGAGGCAGCGACACCAUACGGUAUCGAAAGUUUUGACUCUGUCCUUAAGCCCCUGUGGAAGGGUAUCCGUACCCACCGCGGUAAGGGUCUCGCGGCCUUCCUCAAGGCCAUCGGUUACCUUAUCCCCCUCAUGGAUGCAGAAUAUGCCAAUUAUUACACCAGGGAAGUGAUGUUGAUCCUGAUCAGGGAGUUCCAGUCUCCCGAUGAGGAGAUGAAGAAGAUCGUAUUGAAAGUCGUGAAGCAGUGUUGUUCCACUGACGGUGUCGAGGCACAGUAUAUUAAGGAAGAGAUCCUGCCGCAGUUCUUCAAACACUUCUGGAAUCACAGAAUGGCAUUGGACAGGCGUAACUACAGGCAACUCGUAGACACGACCGUGGAGAUCGCCAACAAAGUUGGGGCUUCAGAAAUCAUAAAUAGGAUCGUAGACGAUCUGAAAGACGAGAACGAACAGUACAGAAAGAUGGUCAUGGAGAGCAUAGAGAAGAUUAUGGGCAAUUUGGGGGCUGCCGAUAUAGAUUCUAGGCUGGAGGAGCAGCUGAUUGACGGUAUCUUAUAUGCUUUCCAGGAACAGACAACGGAAGAUGUGGUGAUGUUGAAUGGUUUUGGUACGAUCGUUAAUCAGUUAGGAAAACGUGUCAAACCAUAUUUGCCGCAGAUUUGCGGUACGAUCCUAUGGAGGUUGAACAACAAAUCUGCUAAGGUACGGCAGCAAGCUGCCGAUCUCAUCUCCAGAAUCGCCGUCGUGAUGAAAACUUGCCAAGAAGAAAAACUUAUGGGCCAUCUGGGUGUUGUUCUUUAUGAAUACUUAGGAGAGGAGUAUCCUGAGGUACUCGGUUCCAUCCUGGGUGCCUUGAAAGCCAUUGUUAACGUUAUUGGCAUGACGAAGAUGACGCCACCCAUCAAAGACUUGCUACCACGUCUUACGCCCAUCCUCAAGAACAGACACGAGAAAGUACAAGAGAACUGCAUCGAUUUAGUGGGUCGUAUCGCCGAUAGGGGCCCGGAGUACGUCUCUGCAAGGGAAUGGAUGAGAAUCUGCUUCGAGUUACUAGAACUCCUCAAGGCACACAAGAAGGCGAUCCGUAGAGCGACGGUCAAUACUUUUGGGUACAUCGCCAAGGCUAUCGGUCCUCACGACGUACUUGCCACGCUCCUCAAUAAUUUAAAAGUGCAGGAACGCCAGAACAGAGUCUGUACGACCGUUGCUAUCGCUAUUGUCGCUGAGACUUGCUCACCCUUUACGGUACUGCCCGCGUUGAUGAAUGAGUAUAGAGUGCCAGAACUAAACGUUCAGAAUGGCGUCUUGAAGUCGCUUUCUUUCUUGUUCGAAUACAUCGGGGAGAUGGGUAAGGAUUACAUUUACGCGGUGGCGCCAUUGCUAGAAGAUGCGUUGAUGGACAGAGAUUUAGUGCACAGGCAGACGGCUUGUGCCGCAAUAAAACACAUGGCUCUGGGAGUGUAUGGUUUUGGUUGCGAGGAUGCUCUCAUUCACCUGUUGAACUACGUGUGGCCCAAUAUAUUCGAGACGUCGCCACAUUUGGUACAGGCUUUCAUGGAUGCCAUCGAGGGGAUGAGAGUGGCUUUGGGGCCCAUUAAGAUUCUACAGUACACUUUACAGGGUUUGUUCCAUCCCGCCCGGAAAGUCAGAGACGUUUACUGGAAAAUCUAUAAUUCCCUGUACAUUGGAGGACAGGAUGCCCUCGUCGCUGGAUAUCCCAGGAUUGCCAACGACCCCAAAAAUCAAUAUAUCAGAUAUGAAUUAGAUUAUGCCUUGUAAAUCAAUUUAUUUUCUUCCGUUACUAAGAUUUAUUUAAACGUUAGGUUAAUGAAACACGUGUGACAAUGUAUGCAUUUUAUUUUAUAAAUGUUUCAAUCACAUUUGCUUAUAAAAUAAUACACAAACAUAGAAAGUUUUGUAUAUACAUGUUUUAGGGUAGUAGUUACUUUUUAUUUCUAGCAAUAAAUAUUUAAACCAAA